CUGUCUGGUUAAUCGCAGUCAUUUCAUUAGCAGAUGCGAUUGAAACCCGUUUAGUGGGCUAGGCAACUUCGGCGCAGUAUAAAAGGCCGACGGCCACUGUUUCACUUCGAGAAGCUGCUCUAAAAUGCUGAAAUAUACCCUCAUCUUUGCCCUGUUCGUCGCUUUGGCCAGCUGCAGUGAGGACGAUCUGCAGGCGCAGCUUCUGAAGUCGGAGAACAAGCAGAACCUGGACGGAGCUGGGCAGUUCCAGCACGAGAUCACGGUCAGCAAUGGCAUCCAGGUGAAGGCUCAAGGCAACGUGAACGGCAUCCAGGGCGAGUACUUCCUGCCCGGCGAAGAUGGCAAGCAGAUUCGAGUGACUUACACCGCAGAUGCCACCGGCUUCCAUCCGAAGGUCGAGGAGUGAUGUUUUUUAAUUUAUAAUGCCGGUUUUUUCCAUAAAAUGAGCUGUGAGUUUAA